UGCCUGCCCCCUUGUGUUUUUGUGCAGUAUAAGUCAAAGCAGCUCCUGUUUUCAGCUCUCCGGAAUCAGUCAAAAUGCCGGUAGAUUUAAGCCUGUGGACAGGGAAUCUUGCACUAACAGAGGUGGAUGAGAAGCCUGCACAGACCCUCCAUGUCAAGUAUGGCUCUCUUGAAAUCGACGAGUUGGGCAAAGUGCUCACGCCAACACAGGUGCAGAGCAGUCCCACCUCUAUAGAGUGGGAGGGGUGUGACUCCACUAAGCUGUACACCCUGGCCAUGACCGACCCCGACGCACCCAGCAGGAAAGACCCCAAAUUCGGGGAGUGGCAUCACUUUCUGGUGGUGAACAUGAAGGGAAACGAUGUAUCCAGUGGAUGUGUUAUGUCCGACUACGUUGGGUCCGGCCCUCCAAAAGGCACUGGUCUCCACAGGUAUGUGUGGCUGGUCUAUGAGCAGUCAGGAAACCUCUCCUGUACGGAGCCCGUCCUCACCAACUGCUGUGGAGACAACCGCGGCAAGUUCAAGAUCCAAGCCUUCCGCCAGAAAUACGGACUGGGAGUUCCCGUGGCUGGAACCUGCUAUCAGGCAGAAUGGGAUAAUUAUGUCCCUAAACUCUAUGAGCAACUGGCUGGAAAAUAAACAAAGGAGUAUUCAGAAAUUAA